CGCCCCGGCGGAGCCAUGCGCCCCGCGCCGCUGCUCGGGCUCCUGCUCUGGGCAUCGCUGCUCCGGGCGACGCCGCCGCCGGUGCGCGAAACCCGCCACGGCAUCCACUGGAACAGCAGCAACCCCAGGUUCCUGCGGGACAACUACGCCAUCCAGGUGGCCAUCAAUGACUACCUGGACAUCUACUGCCCCCACUACGAGGGCACCGUGCCCGCCGGCCGGGUAGAGACCUUCACCCUCUUCAUGGUGGACCAGGCGGGCUACAGAGGCUGCUACGAGACCCCAGGUGCCUUCAAGCGCUGGGAGUGCAACCGGCCCUGGGCACCCUUCGGUCCCAUCCGCUUCUCGGAGAAGAUCCAACGCUUCACUCCCUUCCCCCUGGGCUUCGAGUUCCAGCCGGGGGAGACCUACUACUACUACUCUGUCCCCAGCCCCGAGAGCGCCGGGCGCUGCCUGAAGCUGCGCGUCUCCGUCUGCUGCAGAGGCACGACACCGGAGGCGGCGACAGAGGUUCCCAAUUCGCAGCCCCACGGGCGUGGGGGGUCAGAGGAUGCAGUGCCCGCCCGGGGCAUCGUGGCCCCGCUGCAGCCCCACACCCUGUGCCUGGUACUCAUGCUCCUGGCCCUGCUCUGGAUCUGACCCUCGGCGCUGCCCACGGCAGGGACGCAGACUCCUCUGCCCUGCUGCCCACUGCCAGACUCUUCAUCCACUGCCAUCCCCCUGCCACAAGCCUGUGGGGCAGCCCUGGGCCAUGACUCACCCACCAGACCUCCUCAAAGCUGAGCUGGGGCCAGGAGCUCUGGGCUGGAAGGUACCUCGCUUCCCUCUGGCAUCACCAGGCACGGGUCCCGCUGGCUGCUCUGCCCUGGCACUGGGCACCCCACAGCUCAGCAGACGCCUGCGCUGCCCCAGGGCUAUCGCCUCAUCUAGUGCCUUCCCCCAUGGAAUCCCCACCCCGGGGGGCCGGGGACCCUCCCCCCCAGGCCCUGGAGCAGGGCUGCCGGAUGGAGGCAGGCGCCUGGCCCCUCCGCUGCCUUGUCCUCCGGCGAGGACACACCGAUCUGUCUUCUGGGAAGACGCUCCUACGGUUUGGUUUUAACCCCUGGUAGUGACUGAGCCGAGCAAUACAGUGUUUGCAAGAUCACUGCGCCCUUGGGCUGUGCAGCCCCCACCCCUGGCCUCGCGC